UGCAAACUUAACGUAGUAUGGCCGUCGUUUGGAAGUAUUCACAGUUUUACUUCCACAAAGAAUACGCGAUAAACAUUGCACAGAGCGAACUUAAAAAGACAUUUCUUAAUAAAUAUUUAACGCGAGUGAGAUAAACAAUAAUUCUGAGUGUGAAUUAUAACAACAACAGCACGAAAUAACCUGCAAUCCCUCUGAGAUUUUCAAGUUUUUUGGAUUAUUACGAAGAAAAUAUUCAAAAUGUGGUUAGUCAGACAAGCGAACUCGUUGAUUUUGGAAGUCAAGGUUGACCCAAAUGCCAUCGGACAACAGUGCCUUGAGAAGGUAUGCGAGAAACUGGAAAUAGGCGCUGAAGCUGACUACUUCGGGCUUCGCGUUUGUUCAGAGUCAGGACCCGGAAGAUGGCUAAACUUGCGGAACCCCCUCGACCCUCAUCGCAUAUCCGGAGGCCGACUAGAUCUCCGCGUCAAGUUCUGGGUACCUCCACACCUCCUAAUCAAUGAACCCACUCGCCAUCAGUUCUAUCUCGACGCUAAACUGGACCUAACAGAAGGACGACUAGUCGUAGCAGACCUCGAAGUCGCUAGGAGAAUAAUAGCCUACAUAGCUCAAGCUGAAACUGGUGACUACGACUGUGACCUCCCACCUACACACAUAUAUGAAGAGUGUAACAAGAUCGGUCCACAAGGCGAAAAGCCUGAAGACCAUUUGGACAAAAUAAUUGACUAUCAUUGUGAAAUCGCUGGAAUGCGAGAGUCACAAGCCGAGUACAGACUAUUGAAAGAAAUUUCCAAUUUGGAAUCAUUUGGCGAAGAAUUGUUUUUCUGCAAACAAGUGACACAGAGUAAUAACGCACACAAUUUGUACAGUCAUUUGUUGUACCAUAGACAACAGGCCGAAGAGCCUAGAGCGAGAGACGAUCAGGAAAUCGAUGGUGGCGCAACAGUGGGAUGUUUGGCAUCCGGACAUAAUGUAGGAGGAUGUGGAUGCAGGCUCAGUACUUGCGUUGGAGUCGGGCCACAUGGCAUCGUUGUUUAUAGGCCAGAUUGCAACGGUGAACAAGAAAUUGGUGUUGAGAAACAAAGUAUACCAUACACGGCGAUACAUCGCGCACAGCCUCGUCGCCGCAUCUUCCAGUUGUCAUACGUAACCGGGGACGGGCACGAAGCGACGUUGCACGUCAAGAUGGCGACUUCUAGUCAGGCGGCGGCGUUGUACCGCGCGGUGACCGAGAAGCACGCCUUCUAUUGUUGCGAGACAGUGAGGAGUGAUGUGACUGAACAGUAUAUUAGGGAUUUGAAGGGCACAAUAGCAUCAAUCUUCAACGACUCAACGACUCUAGGCAGAAAAUAUGUGUUCGACAUCCGACGUACGUGUCGAGAGGUGCACGACAAUGCUCGAAGAGAAGCGCACGCGCAUGCUGCAUUUUGCCACGAGUCACGACAGCGCAGGAGAUCUAGCGGAGGGACAGAUCAUAAGGAGUCCCGUUCACGGUCCCGCAGCGGCAGCGGCAGCGGUGACGCGCUAGCUUGCCGUAUAUGUAUGGACAACGCCAUGGACACCCUCUUCCUGCCCUGCCGGCACGUGGUUUGCUGUGAGGAAUGUGCUCCUAGAUGCGAACGCUGUCCGCUUUGCAGAGGAGAAAUAGAAAAAUUCAUGCACAUAUACCUUCCAGCAGAAUAUCAGAAAAAUCCCGGCGUAACAGCGAAUGAGCACAUCACUAAAACAACGAUCGCUGAAACAGACGAAAUAUCGAAUUUGGAACAAUAAAAUUCGUUUCUGAAUUUAUUUCUCGUUUGAAUGGUUUCGACUCACUGUGAUGUCAGUAGCAGUACAUAGAAGGUACCUGUAUGAAGAAGUGCCGAAGUCCAAUGGACAUGAAAAUGUGGCCUUAAAUGACUAUAAAGUUUAAUUAAUGUGUGUGUGAUUGUCUAGUCAGAACUUUUUGACUUUUAUGUGUUAAAAUAGUGCAUUUUUACUAUUUAGUAAUGAAAUAACCAAUAUUUUUCUAUUACGAAUGAUUCGAUUGAGAAAUUGUUAAUUCGCAUUCCAAAAAAUGUCGAA